CCUCCUCGUGGUUCUCAGUUGGAGACACGUUAAACCACGCGAUGACGGCGGAGCAAGAGACUGCGUCGUAGCAGGGGAGGACGGCUGGUCUGAAGAACCGUGUAACAGACUGCACCACUGGAUCUGUGAGAAGGUCGUGGACCUGGAUCAUCUGGAGGCUGAGCGGAACAAAGAGGGUUCAGUGAUGCCCACGGAGGAGGAGGAGGAGGCCCCCAGCAUCACAGAGUUCCACUCCUCUACCCACGUGUUGCCCGUAGGCCAAACGGCCCGCUAUACCUGCCACGCCGGCGGCACGCCGGAGCCCACAGUAGAGUGGCUCUACAACGGCAGGCCCCUGGAGAGGGACGGCACAGACGACCAAUCAGAGGCCUGGGUGGAGAGGGGCUUCCUCUUCGUCAGAGGUGGGAGGUACGGCGUGAACACGGUCUGCUGCAUGGCGAGCAACAGCGCUGGCACGGCCAAUCACAGCGCUGAGCUGCUUGUCUUUGAUGCCUGUGACCUCACACUGGACCCCAACACGGCCAACAGACUCCUCUCUCUGUCUGAGGACAACAGGAAGGUGACGUGGGUUGGAAUGUACCAGUGGUAUCCGGAUCACCCAGAGAGAUUUGACUCCCAGUACCAGGUGUUGGGUAGAGAGGCUCUGACUGGCCGCUGUUAUUGGGAGGUAGAGUGUGAAGGACGGGUUGGUAUAGGAGUGACAUACAGAGGAAUCACAAGGAGAGGAGGGGGGGAUGACAGCUGGCUUGGAUGGAACAACAAGUCCUGGGGUCUUUAUUGUGGUGAUGUUGGUUACUCUGCCCUGUACAACGGUAUAGAUACAGCCCUCCCUCUCCGCCCCGCUGGCUCCACCAGAGUAGGAGUGUAUCUGGACCGGCCUGCUGGCUCUCUGUCCUUCUACAGAGUGUCCCCAGGUGGAGGAGGGUCCUCAGACACACUGACACACCUCCACACCUUCUGGUCCUCCUUCACCCAGGAGGACCUCCUCCCGGGGGUUAGGGUAGGGGGGGUCUGGCGGACCUCAGGGGGGAGAUAUCUCCAUCUAGAAGAUAACUUGGACCCUGCCUUGGAUAAAUCCGAUAAGCUGUGGAAGAUCUGCCGGUUCAUGGACCUCCUCUUGCAUCAGUUCCAGGCGCUCUAUGAGGUCACUGGGUUUGUGAGCGUGGAUGAGUCCAUGGUAAAAUACAAGGGACGCCUUGCCUUCCGGCAGUACCUCCCCAUGAAGCCGGUGAAGUGGGGGAUAAAGGUGUGGGUCAUGGCAGAGAGCAAUACAGGCUACGUCAGGGGUGUGCAAGCGUGUGGCACGGUGCGUGCCGGGAGGAAGGACCUCCCUAAAAACAAGGAGCUGACUAAAAAGGCUGGUCUAAACAAACACCAAUUCAAUGUGGCACAGCAGGAUGACCUCACCUUCUGCGUCUGGCAGGACACCAAAACGGUCAUGGUCCUGUCCAACAUCCAUGACCCGACAGCUAAUGGGAGCUUCUGCUGA